ACUUUGGCAAAUCGAUUUGUUCCAAACAGGGCCAUGGGCUACGUCAUGACGAUCAGUUCAGCGCGUCCAGGUGUGACUUUGGAGAUCGGGGCUCCGGAGUUCAUUCAGACUGAGGAGUUCUUCCACUUGAUACCGGAAGAUAUUCCUGUGAGGGUGAGUUGGACCCUGUGGUCGCACGCAAUCUUCAAGACAAGCGCUGCUUCUGCACAGCUCGAAGUUGUCUCACCUCAGCAAUACUCGUCUCUGUAUAAGUCGGCGGAUUGGCUGGUGCUGUCUAAAGGAGGGGGGUGCCGGGAAGAAGAAUAUGCUCGGAGCAUGGUAAAGAAAGGAAUCGACCAGGAGCUACAGAUUCUGCUGAGUCAUAUCCAUACCCGCGAGACAGUCCAGAUGGUCCUUGUUCUACUAGCACUGCUCUUGGUCUCCUGUACAAACGAAGUGGUUUCUAAUCCCAUCUUCCACAUCCCAACGCUGUGGUCAACUUGUAUUGAUAUCUCGAUCCGAGGGAUCUUGAUUGCGCUGUCAUUCGCAUGGUGCAUUAUGCAUCCUGAGAACGUGAGUGAGCAGAUCGCCACCUGGCAUCGAGACUGGCUCAACUAUCGGCGGGUGAAGAAACUGAACCAGCGAGCGCGGGAUCUUUCACAGAGGAUGAAGCACAAGGGCAUCUGGGGUAAAGUUAAGCUCGUGCACAGUGAGUACAUGCGGACAUUGCAUGAGAACCAAGUGGAGCCCCGAGCCUCGAACCAAGAAGACUCGUCUGCUGCUGCCACCAGUGCGGCUCUGCAAGCAUCACCACCUAAGAGAUAAUACCGCACUACCUU